GUUCGCGCACGGAAAGGUUAGAUCGAACGUACUCGAUCUCGCGUGGAAAGCGUAGCCAAGAUGGUGAUCCGGAAGGAGCUAGUGGAUCAGGACUGGGAGAUUUAUCUCCAUAGUUUUGAUGAGGACACGGCCUGGGGUGUCGACUACCGCCAGGAGAAGAACGUGUACGUCGGCGGCGCGACCAUCUUCAAAAGAGACCAAGCUGGGCAGAUUGUUGAGACUCAGCCUAUCAGAGGGAAGAUUCGGUUUCCUCACGCACCCUUCCGUUUUGGACUCCCCUUAGGGAUGGAUUUUCUCAGCGGUUCGGAGUCGGACCCUAGUGAGGGGCCAGGCUACGAGUCAGGCGAGGGGAGCGAGCCUUCAGUGACUUCCGAGUACCGGAAUCCGACAGAGGGACUUUUGGUGCCGAAGGAGGAGCCGGUGAGCCCCAUUGCACCACCCGAGCAAGAGCUGAAUCAGGGACUCAUGGAUCCCGUACCAUUAGGGUUUGGGUGGAGCUUGGAGGCAUUGAGGCAGUGGAACCUGGACAUGAAAGUUGAGCUUCCGAAGCCAGGAGAGGAGACGCCGGAGCCUUCCAACAUGUGGGCCAGAGAAGAUGCAGACUGCAACGAGUGGCCUUGAUUGGGUUGAGAGCGCUGUUUUAUUUUUGGAGCUUUUAUUUUACUUUGAAGUACUUGUAGUUGAUUUUCAAAUGUAAACAAUUUUGUCAGAUUACUAGGGUGGUUUUGUUUACACACAUGGGUGUGGCCACCGUACAUUAUUUCAGUUAUUGGAUUUAUAUCAAUCGUUCGUUUUCCUUA